UGGCGCAUGCGCUCUGGGGUGGGGUCGAGCGCAGCGCGUGCGCGGUGGGCGGGACCGGGGGUGGCGGUGCACGGCCGCUGGGGUUAGCGCAUGCGCAGGCGUAUCGAAGGUGCCAGAAGGAGCGGAGCGGCGGAGGUUGCUGCUACUAGAGCCCCAAGACCCUGCGCUCAGAGCCGGCCCGGCCCUGCCACGCCAUCCAGGCAUCCCGACCCCACCCGUGCCAAGGCUUCUACAGCACUGAGUCCUGCCUGUGCUGAGGUCCUUGCAGCGCUAUGGCGGUGCGGCGCCGGGUAGCACAGCCCUGGGAGGAGGAGGAGUGCCUGGAGUACUACGGGAUGCUGUCCCUGCACCGCCUCUUCGAGGUGGUGGGCUCACAGCUGAGCGCAGCCGAUGUGGCUGUGCUGGCCUUCUUGCUGGAUGAGACCAAGCCCUAUCCGCCCUCGUCACCUGCCAGCCCCGAGACGGCUCCCCUAGAGGUGCUGGCGCCACGUCGCACCCCCUACAACGGCAUAGAGCUGCUGCUGGAGCUGGAGCACCGUGGACUUUGCCAUGAGGGCAACUUCCGGCACCUGCUGGAGCUGCUGCGGGUGCUCACGCGCCAUGACUUGCUGCCCUAUGUCACCCUCAAGAGGCCGCGCACCGUGUCCCCAGAGCGGUACACGUAUGGGCCGGCCGUCUCGUCUGCUGAGCACCCAGUGGGCAGCUGCCUUGAUGCGGCCUCUGCCGACCCCCGGCAGGACCCUUGGGAGACAGGCUGUGUGUCUGGGAAGCGGAAACGUGCCAGCAGAGGCCGGACGCUGGCACGGCGCCGGGCCGGGGCCAAGCAUCCCGCUACCCCCCCGCAGGAUUCGCCAGCCCCCACCAAGGUGACCUGUGACAUUCGGCUGCGGGUGCGGGCCGAGUACUGCGAGCAUGAGGCGGUGCUGCGGCAGAAUGUGGCCUCAGCACGGCAGCACCGGCUGGAGCGGGCCCUGGACGUCUUCAGCCAGGCCAGCACGGUGUUAAAGGCACGGGACCUGGGCUCCAUCAUCUGCGACAUCAAGUUUUCGGAGCUGUCCUACCUGGACGCCUUCUGGAGCGACUACAUGAGUGGAGCUCUGCUGGAGGCCCUCAAGGGUGUCUUCCUUACUGAGUCACUGCGUGAGGCCGUGGGCCGUGAGGCCAUCCGCCUGCUGGUCAGCGUGGAUGAGGAUGACUACGAUGCCGGGCGGCGCCUGCUGCUGCAGGGCCUGGUGCCCCAGUGACCCUGGCCCCGGCGCUCCCAGCUCUGCCAUGCCUUCCCAGAGCCUAGCGCCAGCUGGAGCCACACAGGACUGGACUGGAUGGGACCCAGCAUCAUCCCCCCCACCCAGGAUUGGGCCGGGCCCCUGGGGCCAACAGGAUCCUUCCCCACCCUGGCACAUGGAGCCAGGGCCCUAGCACCUGUGGGCCAGUGGGGGCUUUUUAUAAGAUGAUUCCCCUGUGGUUUUGUACAUAAUAUAAAUAUGGGGAGCGGGUGGGAGAGUGUAUUUUUCUACAAAACUCAAAAGCCAAAAAAAAGAAACCCCAACCUCUUGAUUUUUGGAUGUCCUGUACGCGCCGCGUGGCAGCCAAUAAACACAAGGCUUUGGUAGA